AAAGGGGGUUGCAUGGAAGAUAAUUCUGAUGCAAGAUGGAUGUAAAAAUGAAACCACAGAACAUAAAAUGUAUAAUUGCUGGAUUAAACUCUGAAGAUGGAGACGGAGAGAAUGCAGGAAGCCGUGAAUCUUUGAAUACAGGAUUGUAACUCUAUUGGCUCUUGUCAAGGGAUUAAAAGCCUGCUAAAAUCUCACCCACCCAGAUCUUCUUUGUAAGGCCAUCUGGUCCUCUGCCAAACUUUUGGUAAUAAAAAGAGUCUGCAGACUCUCUGAAAACGGAGUUUCAGCUUCCCAGAGAAGAAAUCGAAACAAGAUCACAAGAAACCUGAAAAAUGAAGCCUAAAAUGAAGUAUUCAAUGAACAAAAUUGCCCCAGCAAAGCUGAACUGCAUAGCAAACAAAGCCAUGGAAACGUCUUGCAAGCCAAUAAAAUCCCAGCAGAAGGCUGAAGAAGUAUGCCAUUCCUAUGUCAUGAAGCUACGCUCUGGCCUUCUCAUAGAAAAGAAGGCCUGUUACUUUAGGAAAAAAACCACCAAAAGGGCUUCCUUAGGAAAGAAACCACCAAAAACAGGUGUAAAAGAACAUCUGUCACUCACUGCCUUUCAACAACAGUCUACUAUGGAGCACUUAGCCUUUGGUAUACCUGAGAUCCAGAAAUAUGCUAGAACACUUCCUGUUUCGAGUCCUACAGGAAUUUCACCUAUUACAGAAUCUUUUGCUUCCCUAAGCACAUACAAUGAUCAAUCCAUUACUUUUGCUUUGGAAGAUGGAAGUUAUGAGAUCUACAUUGAAGACUUGAAAAAAGAUCAAGAGAAAGACAAGGUGUUACUGCGUUACUACGAGUCUCAACGCUCCUCGAGUGAAUCAGGUGACGAUGUCGAUGGUAAGAUGUUAAUGGUAAACCUGGGUCCUACAAAAGACCUCUGGCUGCAUGCCAACAACAAGGAGAACUCUGUGGAGCUCCACAAGUGUGAAAAACCAUUGCCAGAGGCCUUCUUCGUCCUUCAUAAGAAGCCCUUCAAAUGUGUUUCAUUUGAAUGUGUUUCAUUUGAAUGUAAGAAUGAUCCUGGAAAGUUUAUCGGUGUAAAGGAUAAACAACUUGCCCUAAUUGAAGUAGACUGUUCUGAGAAUUUGAGCAGUGAGAAUAUCAUGUUUAAGCUCUCUAAAACUUAAUGUGAUGGAAAGCUGUGGGUCUUGGUAUGGAUGGCCCAAAUGCUACCUAUGGAGAAGUAAUAAGAGAUAAAGAAAGAGAUGGACAACAUGCAAGGGAAAUGGAGAGCGCUUUGUAUGCCAUGGAAUGUUUUUCUUCUUCUUCCUUUUUUUUAAUGUUUUCUUUCUUUCAUAUAAAAAUAUUUUUUUCUUAUCCUUCAGUUCUGUUUUGUAUUUCCCUCAGUAAAACUGCAUAUUUAAUACAGGCAUGAGUGUAUUAAGUAAUAAGGGUAUUGGUAAGAAACUGCCAAAAUUCAAAAGAGAUAUAGCCUAACCUUUUACUUUUUUCUAUAGUCAAUACAAAAAGAAUUUCACAUUUACCACUAAGGCCUCUGGGAAGUGUUAGCAUCAUAGCUCAAGUUUCCCUUUAGACAGGGAUCAAUUUUAAAGAGCUAGGUUCCAAAUAAUAGUCUCAAACAUGACACGAGCUAGUAAAAAAAAAGGAAGACCAGAUGCUAUAUAAAAUGACCAUUUCUCAGCUGAAAUAAAACAUCAAGUUUGUAGAUGUCCUAGGCAACACUCAGAUCAGGUCUCUCUUACUAUAAAAGGUUAAGGAACUUUGAAAGGCUACAUGACUAGCCAGGUAAUAUAAAUGAAUGAAAAAGGAAAGACAGUAGAAAAAUUAAGAAAAAUAAACCUAAUACAACAGAAACUCCAUCAUUGACCACCUCCCUAUUAUAACCGCCUCCUUAAGUUGACCUAAUUCUCAUAAACUAAAUAUGUACAUGUAAAUAUCAGUGUAAUAGACCUACUUCCUUAUGUUGACCAAUACAUACCUCCAUAUGUUGACCAGUUUAUUACAGACCCUUGGUUGAUAACUUACAGAAGUUUUACUGUAUUUGUGGAGAAUAAUUUAACUUCUAAUUGCUUUAUUUUUAAAAUUCUGAUUUUUACAUUCUGAGUUUCCUUUAAGUAUGGCAUUCUUACAUCAGGAUGUAAAAUAAAUUCUAGUUCAGACAUAACAUUUUAUUUGUUAGAGUAUCUAAUAAACUAAAACUUAAAAAAAUACAUAACAUAUUUUAGGGCUUCCAAGUACCAUGGAAUCCAAGUACCACUAGAUGAGAUGUGGAAUUAACAUUAAAAUGUCAAUAACUGAUUGUCCCUCAUGUUUUUAGCAUAUUAUCUCUUCAGACCUGGGCCCAGGAUCUAUGUCUUUCAAGGUACUCAUUGUCACCUUGGACAAAGUUUCUUCCAAUUCCUGCUUCCCACGUACACAGCCUUUUUGUUGUGCAGCUUCCUAAAGACCCCACUUACUAUGAAAUAUUCAUUUCACCUUUGUCUCUUCUUCACUUCUUUUGACUAACCAUGUCCUUGAUAAAGGUUUUACAACUCCUGAGUUUUAUUCCUGUAUUACAUGACUUUUUGGAUGCCAAUACUUUUAUUCUGCUUUGUCUAUUUGAUAGUGUAGAAUUUUAGAUAAAGCUAUUAAUGGGAAUAUUUUUUGUUGAAUAUCUUUGUGCUUUAUUAGUACUAAGGAAGUAAAAUUUAUACUCAACCAUAUAAUAACAUUUUUUAACUAUGAAAGGAAUAUUUUUUGCUUAAAGUCUUAACAAUUUCUACUAUAAUUUUUCUUAGACUUAACACUCACAAUAAAUGAUAAACAUAAUAGCAGAAUAUGAAAUAUGCCCUUAUGAAAUAUGCCCUUUUCUGAAAGUGUGGGCUUUUAAUUUCUAAUUUGUUGAGACAUAUUGGACAUAAUUGCUGGUAGAACAUAAGAUAAAAGAAGCUAACCAUUACGGUAUAAAGGUAUUUUAAUUGUAAAACAAUAUAUCUUUGUUUCAUUACUUUGUCAAUAGUUUUAUCAAAGAGACAAAAAUAAAAGUAGCAUCUGUAUCAUCCUCUCUGAAAAAACACUAAAUAUCAACCAUGUGCAUCUGUAUGAUAUACUUAAAAUUAUUAGUAAAUAGCCAAAUACGUCUAUUAUGUUGUUUAUAUUCUUGAAUAAACUGUA